AUGGAUUUCUCCGCAGAACGGACGCAAUCAGCGAAAGAUAAGAUAGAGUUAAGGAACAUCACGUUCACCGCAGGAAUGGACAGCCACCGUCGCACAAGCUGUGCUGUACAGCCGGGCAAUCCUACAACUAACUCUGCCGUGGAGAAGGCGGGCAUGAGUCGUAAGAGAAGUACGGGUCAAAAGCCUUGUAACAACGGACUAGAGAAGUUCGACCAGACAAUACAAUCUUUUAAGGACACGGAUACAGCGAAAAAGUAUUACAAGCGGAAAACGAAGAUGCUGUCUAGCGCGGCAGUAGUGAUGGGUAUUCUUGCAGUUGCUCUGGCUCUUUUAGACAUUGAACUUACGAUCCGAGGCACAGACACGGCCCAGGAUCUGUCACCAAUGGAUUUGUCUGUGAUUUUGAAUAAUCCCUUUCGACUUUCAGCUGCGGUCGUCAAGUCCUCGCUAAGUGUGUUAUCGCUCCUGACCUCCAUAACUAUUUAUCGCAUGAACGUGAACGAGCUUAGAUACUUAGUCGUCAGGAACAUCUACCUCAGGUCAGAGAAGUUCGUAAUGACUUCUCUGUUUCCGAGUUGCUUGGCGGAAGUGGCUAUUUGCCUUUUCCAUGUCCCUCCUUUCUUAGACCACUACGGAAUGCCAUACGAACUUCAACUGCUGGUGUUUUUAAGGUUAUAUCUAAUCGCCAAAUACGUGAAAGAACACAACAUGUUUGUGGACAAUCAGGCAACGGCAGUCUUCGCUUCAGUGACACAGACAGAGAUUUCAUCGGUGUUUUUGGUGAAGGCUUAUUUUCUCAAGUUCCCAUUUAGGCUGAUAUUUACAUUUUACCUUCUCAACAUCUUCUUAGGCGGAUAUUUUGUGUAUGUUAUUGAAAGGACCCACAGUACUUAUUUGGUAAGUACAAAUAGCUGAUAAUUCCAGUACAAAUACAACUUUAUUGGACAGUUCUAGUAGUACGGAAGUGUCAUUGGCCACAUAAAAAAACAUUUACCAAAGAAUAUAUUACGGACGUGUUUGGUAUAAAUAACCUCCAGUCUUUGCUUCGACCCUAUUCAUCCAUCGUCUGUUUUUUCCAAAACUUUCUCGACUACAUCAGACAAUAAUUUUGAGAGUUCAAUAGCUCUCGCUUCAUCAUUGAUUCAGGAUGAUUUUCUUUAAUCAGUUAUUUACACAAAAAGCAGUGUUUUUAAGCUAAGAUCAAUUUCAACCCUUUUGACUUUCAAUUCACAAAUAAGUCUGUGUUGAACUCUGAUAGACGCGUCGGCUUUCAAUAGUACAACACGUACAAAAUCGGUUAAGCGUGAUAUCGUCUCACUAACAGUGGAUUUGUACAGCAAAUUCUCGGUAUAGAAUACCUUAUUUAGGAUAGAUAGGUUUUGCAUAAACACUUCGUGGUUUUGGAAGGUGCGAAAUGUUUUUAUCUCGGUAAUCGCGAAGCAUCCACCACAGCUUGAGUAAAAGUGAUUAAAAAUUGAAUAGCACUUCAUGAGCGGACCUCUAUUAUAAUACUAAUAGGCUUUUUGUCGUAGUCCGCGUUACUUUUAUUUUCUUAAACAAAGGUCUCCCUGCAAAUUAACCCAUCGACCCACGCGUGGCAAACAGAAACGUUCCACAGCCUCUGUGACAUGUGAAUUCUUUUUCUGUGCGACCUUUUUUUAUUUGACGGUCAAGCUAUCGCGAGUUACAAGCAUUUUAUGCGUCUGUCAAAAUGUGGACAAACGAAAUCUAUCUACAUUCUUAAAUGUCAAAACAACAGAAACAGCUCGGCGGCAAAGCGGAAAACUGAUUAGUUGAUAUCGGUUCUUCUAAUUCGUCGCAUAAUAAUGAACAAAAAAUUUCUUUUUGCCUUUUACCUUUAUAAUCAAUUUGCAAUACUAAAAAGAGUAGAAAGUUUCAGUCUAGGAAAUUCCAAAAACAAAGUUGAAGAUAGCUUUAUUUCUAGUUCGGCUUUUAAAACGCAAAUAACGCUGGCAUCAGAAUUGAGAUUUAUGCGACAACUUUUUUGGGCUAAGUGAUCUAAAUUAAACUAUUCACAUAACAUCGUAUGUCGAUGUCGAGAAAAGCCGUGUAUAGUUGGAAAAAAUAAACUGAAACUGUUUUGUCUGAAUUUUUUUUAAGUGACUUUUUAAAAAUUCUAAAAAAGCGGUACAUGAAACACAUGAAAUGACCUUCAGGUUAUGUUUUUCUUUUCGAGAGAGUUAGAUUAAACUUAACUUGUACCGACAAAAACUUUAAACUGAAUGUCAUACUCUGACCUUCAUGCAUUUUAACUAGUCCUAGCUCGGCAGGAUAUGUGCUAUUAACAACGUGCUUUCUAUCACAAAAAGUCUAUCCUCUAACAUUCAUGACCGGCGUAAUUUUUCACGACGGAGUGAAAACAUCGCUAAACUUUAUUAUUGUCGACUUCUCACGCAUCUAGGUUAAGAAUAACAUUCAAAUGAACUCGUUGUUAAACUGAAAAAGCUCAGAACAUAGCAUUCUUCUCAUUAGGUAAGAAUAAGCGGACAGUAAGAAAUGGAGAUUAGCAAAACAACAACUGCUUUUCACUCUAAAAGCCUUUUUUGUUUCCUUUCUUUCGCAAACAAAAGCAAAACGGUGACAACGAAGUCAGCUAAGAGAAACUGUGUAAAUUACAAUAGACUAAAAUAUCUGUUGUCUCUUAUUUAUGAAAGUGAUCGCUUUUCUUGGUUGAAAAUUUCGAACUUCAUUACGUAACUAGCUUUGACCACAAUCAUUCAACAUAAACAGUUAUAAUGUUAUUGUGAAGAGUCUUCGCCAGAACAGAAAACUAGAACUUCGUCAAAGCGUAGAGAAAAACACAAACAACAUGGAAUCUGAAAUAUGUUGCAGAUAAUGGACCAUUAUUACAUCAAACUGCAACUUGUAGCGAACGAAAACAGAAGAGUUCGAACAACGCGGUCACCCUUGGAUAUCUUAUCUAAGAGUUGAAUUGCAAUGAGUUGUAACGUUUAUCAGCAGGGUUUAGCCUCAAACUGAUAAAAUGCCAUUCUGUUCAUUUAACCUAACGCCAUGCGAAUUUCCGACACAACAAACAGCAUGAAAUGUAGUAGUAUUAUAAUAAGUGUUUUAUUAAAAUAGCAACCCUCCCAGAUAAAAACAGGUCAAAGAAGAUUUUAAUUUUGUUGGUCCGCUAAUCUCAAACGACCUACUGCAGUUCUACUAAUCCCUACACAGCGCUCUCUACACAGAUCACACAAAUAGUAGACAUAUAUGUAUAUCUGUAAAAAGAAGGAACUUUAUUGAACGUGAAACACGAAAAUAAUGCGCGACAUGGUUUUUCGCGAUGCGCUAAUUACUUCUUUUCAUAACACUUCAUUCUACUCCCAGUAGCUGUGGCCCACGUCAAAAUUAAAAGCAAAAGAUAUUUUUUAUAUAAAAUUCAGGAAAUCCUGAUAAAUAAACAGAACAACGCAAUAAUACUGUUUAAAAGGUUUAAUUUGAAUGAUAACAUGUACUACUACUUUUGAUCAAUUUCUGCUGUAUAGUAUUGAAAAACGUUCAUUCGAAUCCUGCUUAACUAAUUGUGGUCAUAUUCUUGAAACAGCUGGUUACCAUAGCAACACUGUCACCUGUUCAAAGCUCCCUUAAUUUUAGCUUUAAGGACUUUUAUCCCCCUGACAAAAUAUUCUUGCAUGCCUAUUUUAAUGUAGCUGAAGUACUGAUAAAGUAGCGAAGCAUUCUUAAGGGGUGCACAGAGUUAACUGGAUAAGUAAUCGAAAACUUUCACUUCGAUUAUGUUGGUCUGAUCGCAUGUUUUUUCAGAUAUUUAUCAGAGUCUUUUAAUAAAAUGAUAGCUAUACCUAAUUUCAAACCUCGAAUUCUGGCAGUAUUUUCGAAAAAUAUUGGCCUUAAUUCGAGCAAAAUAGCCAGGACUUGAAAAAUAAUAGACAUUCCUUAAUUCAAUUCCUCCCUACUCAUUAAAACGAUCUAAAACGGCUGUACGACUAAUUAAGUGCAAGAAUUGGUGGAAAAGAUGGUGCAAGAACUAGUGGCCAAGUCUGAUCGCUUUUAUAGAUGCUACAAAUAACCAGUACCUACACCCAAGGAAAUGUGUCAUAAACAAAACAAGGAGGCUCAAUACUAUUUUCUAAUCGUUCGAAAGACGACUGAUAUCAUUCACACCACUAAAUGGCAUAGGAAACAUAUUUAAGCCCUCAAGGGGAGACUUUAAAUAAUUAAUAGUUAUUCCUUUCCAAGUUUCAAGCUGGAACUGCGACAAUCUAGUCCACGAUGUCUGUCUAAAUUCAGCACUCUUCAGCUUUCUACAGAAGUACCCAAAAUGCGCAUAUUUUUGGGUAGAGGUUGUUUCCUUUUUAAUAACAGGUUGUUGCGCCUUUAAGGAAGGCAUGGCCUAUUCUAUUUUGACAUUUGUUUUAAUUACGACGGGAAUCGGACUGUGAUUAUUAAGCUCAAAUGAAGCCGGGUCAGGUUUUUAAUCAACCCCGCCACUGACUUUUCGUCAAAACAAAUUUAACCCGGUUUUCGUUUUUAUAGAAAUACGAAUUUCAAUUCGUGUUAUUUUACAUAGGUAUAUGCAUUUGAAGGCGAAAUCAACACUUCACACCUGCCAGCAUUGGGCAUAAAUUAGCAAGUAAAAUUAAGGAUGAUUUAAAGUUGAAGAUGAAACAAGGAAAAUUCUAUUUAAGAGUCAAGAGACGACGUUUUCAAACAGUAAAAAUGACAAUAAUAAUCAACUGGAUCGAGAAAGUGGCGAGAUUCCUGUAAUUUUUCCUGCGCAGUUCAUGGCCCAAUAAAGAAAACCUUCUAAGAAGUAAAAGUUGAAAUAAUGUCCAGCAUAUGAAGGGCUGACCCAACCGUUAAUCGAGAUCACCGGGUUGCUAAUUACGACGGAUCAAAACUCCGUUCAUUCUUACGGACACGUUCUUUUUUCACUGCCAUCCGCUUUUCAUUGGCCUUGAUCGAUGAGGAAUACGUAUUAGGGAGCUUUAGCAUCGACGACGGCAACGGCAGUGAAAACGUCGCUUUUAAAAUGAAUUCCCGUUUUUCAAACACUGUCGCGUUUAUUCCAAUUUGAUGAAAAUGGCAAAUGUAGGCGAAUUUCCCUCGAGUUGAUUUCUUGAGGAGCGCACUCAACUUUAGAGAGGGGAAAUUAAAGAAAUUCGUCGUCGCUCGUUUGCGUCCUCCAUAAAACUUGCAAUUAGGCAUUUUUUUCGUAGUCGUGCAAGGACGGUAAAGAAAUGUACAAAAAAGCGUGAUGCACGUGCAAAGUUGUUGUUUUGCGUAAUAAACCUAUUGCUUUUUUGACGUCCUCGUUGCCGUUUCCAACGCCGUCGUCGUUGCUAAAGCUCCCUAUUUAAAUCAAGUUUCGGCGAGAGGAGUUGGUGUCUUCGCCACACUAACACCUUAAUUUUUAUCUCACAUUGAUCAUAACUGAAGGGCGCGUUUGCUUUUCUCCUUUUUUGCCUUUAAUUGAGUGCGUUUUCUGGAAGAAAAGCUGUUGUCAGAAAGUCUAAUCGAAGAUCUGAGUGGGCGACAAUAAAAAAACCACCGACAAGAAAAAAAACGACUUGAGUUGUCCUAAGUUGGGUUUUGGGAAGGAAAAGUUAAGUCGCUUCUUGUAUAAUUUGUCUUUGCUGUUUUGCUAUUGUAGUUGAUAUGUACUAGUUUAAUCUGGAUGUCGUCAAAUUAUAAACUGAAAGUUUCACCGAUCUAAAUGGGGGGCUGUCUGGACGACACUAACCGCUUAAAUUUGAUGAACUUUUAGUUUAGCACCUGAUAGGGAAAAAAAGACUAAUCGAGAUCUUUCUCCUUUAGACAGAUGAGAACUUUGUUAAUAGACUUGACCUUUCUAGAAGUUAAAAAAUGAAAACGCCCCCGGGAUGAAGAUCCAACCUCAGAGCCAUCUUGAAAACACAGACUUAUUUUGACUUAUUGCUCAUCAUUGGGGAGUACCCACGCUGACAAGUUUUCACACAGAUCUUUGAAUUGUGAACUUUAUCAGCUGCAUGCAUUUUACGGUCGAUUUUUUUUAACAAGGAGUUUCAAUUCGCACUAUUUCUAACACUUUGAAUGUCUUGGGAAUUUUUGCUUGGUUAAAUUAUACAAUACGAUAACACUAACCACUAAAGUUUUGACAUUUAUGAAAAUGGCAAAUAACGCAGUAAAAUAAUCAACAUUACUUUGUAAAGAAAAUGUCAUUAACAAGUUACAGCCAAUGACAUUGAGGCAAGUCGUUAUUACGCAAAACCUAAAGCUUCAAUAUCACUCCAAGCUCCUUUAAUUGCCUGUCUAUAAGGCUCAUUUUCUACUGGAAUAAAUUUGUUCUAGCAGCAGGUGAAACCGUUUAUAUUUGCUUGAUGACUCGCUUAUUUACCACCUCCAUAACAAUCACCAUAUUUUUCGAAAUAUUAUAAUAUUUUACUGAAAAUGACCCGCAAUGAAAUUUCUACAUCUACAGGACACCGUCUGGAUGCUUGUCGUUACCAUGACAACCCUCGGCUUUGGAGAUGUUGUGCCUAAAAAGCUACUAGCUCGCGCUUUUGUGGGCUUCGCCUCCGUGUUGGGAAUAUUUCUGAUGGCUUUAUUUAUAAGCGUCGUGCACGAAGCCCUUCAACUAAAGCAACAAGAGAAAAGGAUUUUGGCAACCAUGGAAAAUGCAGGUAAUUUUUCAAACGACUUUCACGUUCAUGAUUUUUAAAAUUAUGUUAAGGAAAGUGAUCUUUGUGGGCGAACAUUUAGUUUUGCAAAGCUAAUACUUUGGCUUGGUGUUCUAGAUUUGCAACUUUUCAUUAUUACUCUGUUUUGGUGAAGAAUCACAAUAUAUAUACAUAUUUAUUUGCGGUCUGUGCAACUUCCCGAGUCUUUUAACACAGCAUUUUAGGGUAAACAAUCGAGUCACAGUUAGCAAGUUAGUCAUCAUUCUCUGGCCACUUGCUAACAGAAAAACACGUGCUUGCUAUUUUCUCGCCACUGAGCAUCUACUUAACCUGCUGAACUGGUAUUCACGGUUUUUUCACCUCCCUACCCUUAAAAUUCAUGGAAAGGAGUAAGAACCUCGAAAAAUCAGAAUCAUGACAGAGUCACAAGAUAAUAUGUAUCUCUCUUCAGAACAUCUAAGCGGGAAAAAGAACCUGGCUGCCACUUGCAUACAGAGCACAUGGAAACUGUAUCGUUUCAAGAAAGAGAACGCGGACACAAUCGAGUGGGGCGACUGGUUCAAAACUCAGAAAUUUAGGAGGUAUGAGCACAAAAUGGCUGAAGACAUACGAAAAUGGAGAUUUGUACGAAGAAGUUGGUCACGAGGUAGGCUCACUACAACUUUCAAGCGCCGACCAGCAACGGUCGAAAUAUUGUUAAGCGAUGCGCUCAUAAACUCCUGUUACUCCCUAGUUAACACUCUUCACCUCUAAAUCAACAGAUGACUACUGGAGAAAGUUUUUUUUGGCCGACGACAUCGCCAUGUUGCUGACCGAUGUUUCUAGAAGUGUCGGGAACGUGGAAUUGUUCCUUCAGAAGCAAACUGGUGUCCGUCGGAUUAGUAAAAGCUCGUUUAAAAGAAGCAGCAGCAGUGUUGAAUCACCGCCGCCUAUUCUCGAAGUAAGUUGUCUCUUAUUCUCAAGAAACGUUUUCAAACCUGUGGUACAAUCCAAACUAAUUCGUCUAGCCAAUCAUAUAGCUCAGACGCAGUUUCCAAUCUUGUCAUUGAAUCCAAUUUAAGCCUUCCUAAUUUCGCUGGCCAACCGUAGCAGAGACGAAGACCCAAAUUAACCAAUCAUAGCUCGAGCUAAGCACGAGAAGAACGAAUUUCAAAUCUGUCGAAGAAUCCAAACUUAAUUCCGCUAGCCAAUCGAAGAAGAGAAAGAGACUCAAAUAAACCAAUCAUAGGUCGACGAAAGCGCGGGAAAACGCGUUUAGGCAAGUUAUGAUAGGCUUCUCCUGUGAUUGGAUAAGAAACUGGAAGGAAUUGUUUUUCUCGCCAAUCAAGGAGCGAAGUUGGAGUGUAGCAAAGUAAAGAAAGAGAUAGAGACUCAAAUUAACCAAUCACAUCUCCAGAAAAGCGCGGGAAAACGCGUUGGCACAAGCCACGAUUGGCUUACCCUCUGACUGGUUAAGAAAAUGGCGUAAAUUGCUUUCUAGCCAAUCAAUGAGCGUAGUACAAGGAUUUGCUUAAGUUUUGGAAUUAAUUAUUGCGGUUUUAGUAGUUAAAAUAUUUGGAAGGCUUCUUUUUUACAAUGUUUGCACCAUUGUAAUUACAUGAACAAAUUAAGUAUUGAUACUUAUUGAUGGCUUGCAGGAAGAAAAUACUAGUUCACACGGGGAAUCCCAACAUAAAGACAGAUGCAGAAAAGUUCAUGCGGUUCUAGUUGAUCCUUGGGCUCGGCAAACAAACUUUGCACAAAAUCAGCGACCACUAUCACCCAGUUCAUCUACUCCACUUCCAAACCAACUUCAAUUUGUCAAUCCGCUUGACAAGUGUACAAAUGGCCAUAGAAAUCACGUGCCCUACGGCAAAUUUAUGGACGUUAACGACAACAGCCGGGUCACAUUCCGUACGAGAAAGGAGAGUGACCCUAUCGACAGAGGAGAAAUCCCCGCUGACGCAUUACAUGGGAAGAUUGAGUCGCUAGAGAACGCUUUAGAUCAGAUUUACCGACGAAUGAAGACCGAACUUAGAGACGUUCGCGACUCGUUAGCUAGUUUAAGUCCUUUACCGUCUUCCAGAGCUUUCAGUUAUUCUCACGGCUUUGGGUAUCAACGAACAAAAGAACACGCUGAUGUAUGAAGACCUUAGAGAGACAUGGGUAGUGCGGGCUUAGGGUUGAUCCCUUAGAGUUAAAAACUCGAUUCUCAACAGAUUCAGCAUAGAGAAGCUAAAAAAACAAUGAAACUGUUUCAGAAACAGUAGCAAAAAAGAAAACACAAAAGCAGCAACUGUGACGACGUAUCUUUAAACGUAUCAAAGAUCGCGUUUUAAAGGCGACCCUAGCCGUAAUACAGAAGUGGGGUAAGAUGACCCCCCUCCCCUCCCCCGCGGGGCGCCGUAAGUAACAGUGAUAAAG